GCGUGGGUCCGGCGCUGCCGGCGAGCAGGUGACACCGCGGCUGCCCGGCGCCGUGUGCGCGGCAUGUGCGCGCCCGUGUAGCGGGGCGGCCCCAUGGGCGGCGGCGCCGGCUCCUGCCUCUGCCCCCCGUCUCUGGAAGCCCGGGCAGGAAACGCUCCUCAUGUCUCCCAGAUAAAAAUAAAAGCGACUCCUUCCUCCCGGCCGCAGAGUGUCCCCGCGCCCGGCCCGACGCGGGGCUGAGCUGGCCCCGCCGCCCGGCAGCGCCUCUCCCCGCCGCCCGGAGCGCCGGCCCGACCCGCGGCUCAUGGACAUCGCGACGGGUCCCGAGUCCUUGGAGAGGUGCUUCCCGCGGGGCCCACCGGACUGCGCCAAGAUGCUGGACGGCAUUAAAAUGGAAGACCACCCCCUGCGCUCGGGGCCGGCCACGCUGGGAGUGCUGCUGGGGUCGGAGUGCCAGCACCAGGCCGUCUGCGAGGGCUGCCAGCGGCCCAUCUCGGACCGGUUCCUGAUGCGGGUGAACGAGUCCUCCUGGCAUGAGGAGUGCCUACAGUGCGCCGCGUGCCAGCAGGCGCUCACCACCAGCUGCUACUUCCGGGACCGCAAGCUCUACUGCAAGCAGGACUACCAACAGCUGUUUGCUGCCAAGUGCAGCGGCUGCAUGGAGAAGAUCGCUCCAACGGAGUUUGUGAUGCGAGCCCUGGAGUGCGUGUACCACCUGAGCUGCUUCUGCUGCUGCGUGUGCGAGCGCCAGCUGAGGAAAGGGGACGAGUUUGUCCUCAAGGAAGGGCAGCUGCUCUGCAAAAGUGACUAUGAGAAAGAGAAAGACUUAUUGAGCUCGGUCAGCCCAGACGACUCAGACUCAGUCAAAAGUGAUGAUGAAGAUGGAGAUGUUAAGCCCACCAAGGGCCAAGUAACCCAAGGAAAAGGAAGUGAUGAUGGGAAGGACCCAAGAAGACCUAAACGACCAAGAACAAUACUAACUACACAACAGAGACGAGCAUUCAAAGCAUCCUUUGAAGUGUCUUCUAAACCCUGUAGAAAGGUCAGAGAAACAUUGGCAGCUGAAACAGGGCUCAGCGUGCGAGUCGUCCAGGUCUGGUUUCAAAACCAAAGAGCAAAGAUGAAAAAGCUAGCACGAAGGCACCAACAGCAGCAGGAGCAACAGAACUCGCAGCGACUAGGACAAGAAGUAAUGUCCAACCGAAUGGAAGGGAUGAUGACAUCUUACACACCACUUGCACCACCACAGCAGCAGAUUGUAGCAAUGGAGCAAAGCAGUUAUGGCACAGACCCAUUUCAGCAGGGUCUUACCCCUCCACAAAUGCCAGGCGACCACAUGAACCCCUAUGGAAACGACUCCAUUUUUCAUGAUAUCGACAGUGAUACCUCUUUAACUAGCUUGAGCGACUGUUUUCUUGCCUCUUCCGAAGUUAACUCCAUGCAGGCUAGAGUAGGAAACCCCAUUGACAGGCUGUACUCUAUGCAGAGCUCCUAUUUCGCCUCAUGAAAAUAAAGAAAACUAACAGCCGGCGUGUGUUUAGCCAGUGACUUUUCCAGUGCAGACUCUACAGCCAUAUGUUGCCCAGCUCUUCCUUCACAGUGACUCUGCUGCCUCUGGACUGCAAAGAGCAUUUUUUUAGGAAGACUGUCUCUGUUUGCGUAUAUGUGUAUGUAUGUAUAUAUAUUUUAAUACCUACGUACAUACAUAUAUAGAGAAAAAAAACACAUCCAUCUGUCCCAUACCCUUGAUUCCCAGCUUGCGCCAGACCACGAGACAAGCACGGAAGGAACAGAAGAACCUGCUCGUCCUCAGCCUUUGAUCUGGUUUGGUUUGAGCUCAUCAUCCUA